CGCUCACUCAAAAGCUUCCAACUUUCUCAGAGAUCAACCCCCAAACACCCCAAAGUUCUCACCUUUUUCUCGCUUCCAUCACCGCACAAAAUGAAGAAGGCCAGCAAAGCAGCAGCAGCAUUCCCCUUGUUGGCAGCAGCAGCAGCCAUGGCGGUGAUCAUGAUCAUCACCAACUCAGCAGCCACAUCUGAAGCUGCAAGGGUGUUCAAGGUCGGUGACGAUUUCGGAUGGCAAGAACCAACCAGCAACAACUCCCAGCUCUACGCUCAGUGGGCCACCGCCAAUAGAUUCCAAGUUGGAGAUUCCCUUUUGUUUGAGUACAAGAACGAUUCAGUAGCAGAAGUGGACAAAUGGGGCUACUACCACUGCAACACCAGCACGGCAACCGCGGUUUUCGACAAUGGGAGGAGCAGUUUCAAGCUGGAGCAGCCGGGGCCUUUCUACUUCAUCAGUGGGAACUUCAACCACUGCAACAACGGGCAGUUGCUUGUUGUUGAAGUAAUGUCGAUGUACCAUCAUGAGCACCCACACCAUCCAUCUCUGCCGCCUCAGCCUGCCUUCCCACCUGCCUAUGCUUACCCGCCAGAAGGAUCUUCUUCUUCAUCUUCCAUGGUGCCGUCAUCAUCUGAACCUCAUCAGCCGAGCUCUGCAGUGAUCGUGUCGGUCAUCGUCAGUUGUGUCACUGUUGUUCUCAUUGCCACAUUUGUUGCCCUGUUCUUGUGUGCGCCAUGAGACCAGCAGAAUUUCUCUUGGUUACUUAUGUUUUUGUUUUUGUUUCCUUCAGUGUCAGUCGGAUUCUAGUUGUUGGUUGUCAUUUAUUGUUUGGUUGAUUAUUAGUUUGGAGAGUUUGAGAUUGUUGGACAGC